AUUGUUUUCAUAAACUCUCAUCUUUUAUCAAAAAAAUAAAACAAUAAACUCUCAUCUACAAUUCAUACACAAAUUUUUUAAGCUCUCAAUUCUCAUCAAUACAAUACAUGGUUUGUUUACAAAUCUCAGCAGCAGCUAAUUUAUGUUCUUUGAGGACAGUUAAUGCUGCUAUCCAUCUUCCAAAACUACCAAGUUUGUCUAAUUUAUCAAUUCCACAAUUAUCAAAAACAAGAAAACUAAUUGAGGAAUUUAAUGGAUCCAAAGAUCAAAUAGAAAGGAAUAAUAAUGUUGUCCUCACAACACAAUCACAUGAUGAGUUGUACAGACAAAACAAUAAGAAGUCAAAUGCUAUUAUUAAAUUAUAUGCAAUCUUGGAAGCAGUUUCUGAUAGAGUUGAAAUGCAUCAAAACAUUGGCGAACAGCGUAACAAUUGGAACACUCUUCUCUUGAACUCCAUCAACAUGAUUACUCUUACUGCUACAACCAUGUCUGGUGUUGCUGCUACUGCUGCAGCUACUUGCUCUGAUUCAUCACUUUUGGCUUUGAAGUUAUCUUCUGCUCUUUUAUUCUCUGCAGCCACUGGAUUGUUGCUUAUCAUGAACAAAAUCCAACCUUCUCAAUUGGCCGAGGAACAAAGAAAUGCUACAAGAUUGUUCAAGCAACUUCAAAGUCAAAUCCAAACUAAAAUUGCUAUAGGAAAUCCUACCGAGGAAGAUGUCAAAGAUGCAAUGGAAAAGGUUUUGGCACUUGAUAAAGCAUACCCUCUUCCUUUAUUGGGAGCAAUGCUUGAAAAAUACCCUUCAAAAUUUGAACCUGCUAAUUGGUGGCCUAUGUCAAAAAAGGUAAAAACACAAAGCAAGAAAAUGGGGAAAAUGAAUAAUGGGUGGAGUAAAGAAUUGGAAAUGGAAAUGAGGGAAGUUGUUGAAGUGAUAAAGAGAAAAGACGCUGAAGAUUAUGACAGACUUGGAAACAUAGCAUUGAAGGUAAACAAGAGUUUGGCAAUUGCAGGGCCAUUGCUCACAGGAAUUGCAGCUAUUGGAUCGACAUUUGUAGGUAGUGGUUCUUUGGCUGCUUUUGUUCCUCUUUUGGCUGGUUCAUUGGCUUCUGUAAUUAAUACUUUUGAGCAUGGUGGACAAGUUGGCAUGGUUUUUGAAAUGUAUAGAGCUUCUGGUGGUUUCUUCAACUUGAUAGAAACUUCAAUUGAUUCAACUUUGGGAGAGAAAGAUUUAGAGAAAAGAGAAAAUGGAGAGCUAUUUGAAAUGAAAAUGGCUUUGCAAUUGGGAAGAAGUGUAUCAGAGCUGAGGGAACUUGCCUCAAAAUCAGCUUCUUGUCGCAUGGAAGGUAUCGAAAUUGAUGAAUUUGCCAGCAAGCUAUUCUGAGAUAAUCUUCAAGACUAACACAUUAUUUUUGUUCUUUCAUGUAUAGAUUCCUAUUCACAUUCUUUUAUUAUUUUAUGUAUAAACAUUGUUAGUCCUUUGACAUAGAAAGCAAAUGUAAAUAUAGACAACAUAGAUCUGAUUUUGCAUAUAUAAUUUCUAACUUCAUCCUCUAAUUGAGUAGGAGCACUGAUAAAUA